UUUAAGAACAUUUAAAAAAAAAUUAGUGGGCAGAGAUUUUUUAUUUACACUUUUUUUUAUCUUUGUUAAAUAUUUUUUUAUUUUAUGAUUUAUAAUUUUAGAAAUGGAUAAUUUUUGCGUCGUGGAGUUCAAUGAUGGGGUGCAGAUGGUUCCUGAAAAUUGGAUUUUCGGAACAAAAUGUUAUUGGCCACAUUUUAAAAGUUCCUCGCGGUUUAUUAAGGCAGUCCAAUGUAGAGAAAAUCCUGAUUCCACAUGGUCCCUUUAUUCUGUGAAAAUAUUAGGAACAUAUGAUUGUUAUGAAACAGCCAAAAAAAAACUAAAGUUAGCAGAAGAAAGAACCGAUUUGGAGUCAAGUGAUGCAGAGGAUGCGAAAAAAAAAAGAAAAUUAAAUCACAAAAAAAAUUUAUCAAGUGGACCUGAUAGUGAUGAAGAUGAUUUUAUUAUUUCAUCGUUUCCCAAACCCCCACAAAAAGUUUUGACCUUGCCAAAUAACAGAGUGCUUUCCAAAACAGAAACUGAAGUUAUCGAAGACCUUAGUGAUGAAACACCAGGGACUUCAGAAAUGGAAGAUUCCACAAGUAAUUUAACUUCAUCAAAUAAAGGAGAAAUAAACCAUGAAAGCAAAGUUCUUAAGGAGCUCUUUGGUAUUAAACUAAAACUGGUUAAAAUGGAACAAAUUAUCGAAAAUAACAAAUGUAAAUGUAAACAAGUUGAUGACAAUAUACAAUUGGAAGAAAUGGAAGAUUUUGAAAACAUAUUUCCAAUCAAUAAUGAUGAUGAAUUAAAACGUAUCGAACUACUAUUAGAAAAUACGGAUUAUAAAAAUAAAUUGGGUAAAAUACUUACUCAAUUAGGUGGCAUUCGUGUAGAUGAGAGGGCCAAACUUAUACUAAGGAAAAUCAUCACGGACAAAUUCGCCAUGGAAUUUAAUUGGCUGGGUUUGAAAAAUAAAAAAAAAUUCGAAAGCCUUAAUUUAACGAAAGUUAUAAUACGUGAGUUUUUUUAUAUUUAAGUUUGAAAGUUCCACAUGAGCCAUUUUUUUUUUCAUUUAAAUAACAUGGAUAAGUAAAAAAUUUUUGGUUUCCAGUUUUUACAAUUUUCCAUUUGAGAGUAGGUAUUCCUGGACUACAAUUUCGUGAACUCGUACAAAUUUUACAUUGGAUUUUGCAAAAAAAUUAAAUUAACAUUUUUUAAGUUUCCCUUGUUAUUUAAAUGGCAAAUGGAUCCUGCGUAACCCCUUAACGCUGAUGAGAUAUUGAGCUUAAAAUUUGGUAUGAUUAAGUGAGACCGAUUUUAAAUUUUAUCUAUUAUUUAAAAUAAAACUAAUUUUUGACAUUUUCAAAUUGUAAUUAUAUAUAACAG